CUGCGGCGGCCACGGCUGGGCUGGGGCGGGCUCCUGCGCUAUGGCCGAGGGGAGCGCGGAGGCAGUCGCAGUCCCCGCGUCCGGGGCUGCCAACGGCCUCAGCAAUGGGGCGGGCGGGCCCUCGGCGCAACCCAACAACCCGCUGUCGCGGAAGCUGCAUAAGAUUUUGGAGACGCGGUUGGACAAUGACAAGGAAAUGUUGGAAGCUCUCAAGGCACUUUCAACCUUUUUUGUUGAAAAUAGUUUGCGGACUCGAAGAAAUUUACGUGGAGAUAUUGAACGCAGAAGUUUAGCCAUCAAUGAAGAAUUUGUGAGCAUUUUCAAGGAAGUGAAAGAAGAACUUGAAAGCAUAAAUGAAGAUGUUCAAGCAAUGAGUAGCUGUUGUCAAGAUAUGACAAGUCGCUUACAGGCAGCAAAAGAACAGACUCAAGAUUUGAUAGUAAAAACCACUAAGCUUCAAGCUGAAAGUCAAAGAUUAGAAAUAAGAGCACAAGUUGCCGAUGCUUUCUUAUCCAAGUUCCAACUAACUUCUGAUGAAAUGAGUGUUCUCCGAGGUACAAGAGAAGGACCUAUUACUGAGGAUUUUUUCAAGGGAUUGGGAAGAGUAAAACAGAUUCAUAAUGAUGUCAAAGUUCUCUUGCGUACAAACCAACAAACAGCAGGUUUAGAAAUUAUGGAACAGAUGGCCUUGCUUCAAGAAACAGCUUAUGAAAGACUUUAUCGAUGGGCUCAAAGUGAAUGCAGAACAUUGACACAAGAAUCAUGUGACAUAUCUCCAGUAUUAACUCAGGCAAUGGAAGCCCUGCAGGAUAGACCUGUCUUAUAUAAGUAUACCUUAGAUGAAUUUGGAACAGCCAGAAGAAGUACAGUUGUCCGUGGAUUUAUUGAUGCUCUUACAAGAGGGGGCCCAGGAGGUACACCUAGACCCAUUGAAAUGCACUCCCAUGACCCUUUAAGAUAUGUAGGAGAUAUGUUGGCUUGGCUCCAUCAAGCUACUGCUUCUGAAAAAGAACACCUUGAAGCUCUCUUAAAGCAUGUAACUACACAAGGUGUUGAAGAAAAUAUUCAAGAAGUUGUUGGGCAUAUCACUGAGGGGGUGUGCAGGCCUCUAAAGGUUCGAAUUGAACAAGUAAUAGUCGCUGAACCUGGAGCGGUUUUAUUAUAUAAAAUUUCUAACCUCCUAAAAUUUUACCAUCAUACAAUCAGUGGCAUUGUUGGAAAUAGUGCUACCACAUUGUUGACUACCAUUGAAGAAAUGCAUUUGCUAAGCAAAAAAAUAUUCUUCAAUAGCUUGAGUCUUCAUGCAAGUAAAUUAAUGGACAAGGUUGAACUCCCACCACCUGAUCUUGGACCAAGUUCUGCAUUAAAUCAGACACUCAUGUUGUUGCGUGAAGUUUUGGCAUCUCACGAUUCUUCAGUUGUACCGUUAGAUGCCCGUCAAGCUGAUUUUGUGCAGGUUUUAUCGUGUAUCUUGGAUCCUCUCCUUCAGAUGUGUACUGUGUCAGCCAGCAAUUUAGGCACAGCUGACAUGGCAACUUUCAUGGUCAAUUCACUAUAUAUGAUGAAGACAACAUUAGCUCUAUUUGAAUUUACUGACCGACGUCUGGAAAUGCUACAGUUUCAGAUUGAAGCACAUUUGGACACACUUAUAAAUGAGCAAGCUUCUUAUGUUUUAACUAGAUCAGGAUUGAGUUACAUCUAUAACACCAUACAGCAACAUAAACCUGAACAGGGUUCUUUAGCUAAUUUUCCCAACCUAGAUUCUGUGGCACUGAAGGCUGCAAUGUCUGAGUCUUUCGAUCUGAGAGAGCAGAUCAUCAAACAGUCUACUGAAUUAGUCUGCAGAGCCUAUGGUGAAGUGUAUACUGCUGUGAUGAAUCCAGUCAAUGAAUACAAAGAUCCAGAGAGCAUUCUACACCGAUCGCCGCAGCAAGUGCAGACACUUCUCUCCUGAUUAUAUUAUUUGAAUGUUAGCAAAGUAUUGCAUCCCUAGAACACUGAAGGUUUUCUUGGUAUUUAGUGUGUUAAUCUUUACUUUGAAAUUUGAUAGUUACAGUUUUCUAUGUGUCAUAAGAUUGUAAGUCCCCAUAAUUACUUUCUUUGGUCACAAUAUUGUGGAAUUAAGUAACGUACUAGUAUGUUGACCUGAAUUAGUGUUGCUCCAUUUCUACUCUCUAUGUAGAGAUGCUCUGUUAGCUGCUAGCUACCUCUCCAGCUCUGUAGUGUCCCCUCUAUUCUGGAAUAUGAUUGUAUGUAGUAGAUGAAGUUAGAGGGAUUUUUUUUUACAAGAUUAGUUUUAAAUUAACUAUAUGUAAAAAAUUAGAUUUAAGAAUUAGUAUGAGGAUACGACCUAACAAAUGUCUCUUUACCUAAAGAUUUGUUUGCUUUCUCAUUAGUUAUGUGAGUAGGUGCACUUAAACUGAGGAGCAGAAAUAUACACUCAGCAAAAAGGGGGAAAGGAGAGGGAAAUAAAUAAUUUAAACAGUGUGGAUUCCACUCUGUGUAUGCCUUGGGCUUAAUUCAAUGUGAAGUUUAGCACUUAGAAUGGGGUUUAGGUGUGUAGCAUUCUGUGCUGCAUGUAACUCUAGUAUUUAAAGAUAGAUAUUUGUUAUACAGUGUGAACUAUAAAUUCAACCAGGUACAAAUUUUGUCUGAUGUUCAAACCAAAGAAAUAAUGACCUACUCUUAACAGUGGAAGAAAAAUGCCAGAGUAGCAAUUGCUAAUUGACAUUAAUUGAUAUCUAUCUCCAUGGUGGCCCCUUACCAAGAAUGAUUUGAGUUCUCACUUUAGAACUUUAUCUAUGAGUAAUAUUCAAAAUCACUGUGUAUUUUUUUUUAAAAAUUUUCAGUGAUUCAUGUGACCUUGCUUUGUUAAUAAGAUUUUGAGAAUACUUAUUAGCAAAAUAUCUUAAUUUCUGGUAAAUCAACCAAAAGAAGUCUUAAAUUAUAAAUUAGAAAACCAAAGCAUAGGAAAGUUGACUAGGUUAAGAUAUUUUGAAAAGUAGUAAGAUAAAAUUAACACUUAUAUUAAAAUAUACAUAACAAAUUAGUAUUUGCAGGACAUAGCCUAUUCAUCUCUCUGAAAUUUAUAAUUAUUUAUAUUAAAUGAUUCUCUUGGAGCAAGAAGAUUAUAUAUCAUCUCUUUUGUAUAUUUUUAGACUUUUUCCUUCAAUAACUUUGUGUGAUAUAUAAAAGAUAGAAAAUAAAGUAUGAUGUAAAUCAAGAGCUUUAA